UCAUCUCUCCCUCUCUCUGCAAAUGCUGGGAAUAAUUUAAUUCACGAAAUGGGAGACCUGAAGUCGGGUUUUGAAGAGGUGGAUGGCGUGAGGCUCGGCUACCUCAUCAUUAAAGGAAAGCAAAUGUUUGCACUCUCCCAGGUUUUUACAGACCUGCUCAAAAACAUCCCGCGAACUACCGUGCACAAGCGAAUGGAUCAUUUAAAAGUAAAAAAACAUCACUGCGACUUGGAGGAGUUGAGGAAACUCAAAGCCAUCAACUCCAUCGCUUUCCACGCCGCCAAAUGCACCCUGAUCUCCAGAGAGGACGUGGAAGCCCUAUACACAUCGUGCAAAACCGAACGGGUUCUUAAAACGAAACGGAGGAAACUAAGCCGGGCGCUGUCUGCCACCGAUCUCCGGCCGGAGCUCGCUCCCGCCGACCCCUUCUCCGGCUUCUGGAAGGAGAACAAACUUUGGCUGGGUCUGAGCGACUCUCCUCGGCCGCUGCUGCCUGUCCGGAGGAAAGCUCUGCGCCCGGGGGACACAGCCUUGCUACCGGCCGCUCAUCUACCUCACAUUUUUAGUAAAUACACUGGCCACAGCUACCCAGAAAUCGCUCGGGCGCCUUGCAAAUCCCCCGUAAACUAUGAAACGGCGCCGGCGGUGGGCGGCUGCGUGCCCCUGCGCUCCCGCCGCCCGCUCGCCGCCGCGGCUCGGCCCCGGCUCCCGACCGCCGGUCCCCCGCCCCUGCCCGCCCGCUGCCGCCGCCGCCGCCACGGGGCGGCCUCCGCCGCCGUCACGCUGGGCCCCCCCGGCGGCGCCCGCCGGCCCCUGGCCCUGCCCCGGCCCUGCCGGCCUCGCGGCGCCCCGCGGCUGCCGCUGCCUCUGCCCCGCGGCUUCGGGCCGCCCGCCUUCCCCGAGAGCGGCAGCAGCGACUCCGAGUCCAGCUGCUGCUCGGGCCGCGCCGCCCACGACUCGGACUGCGGCUCCAGCCUCUCCAGCUCCAGCGAGGGCAGCUCGGAGGAGGAGGACGAGGAGGAGGAGGACGAGGAGGGCAGCGGCGCCUCGGACUCCAGCGAGGGCAGCUCGGAGGAGGAGGAGGAGGAGGAGGAGGAAGAGGAGGAGGAAGAGGAGGAGGAGGAGGACAGCACCUCGGACUCCGACUCCAGCUCGGUCUCCAGCCAGGUUUCGGUGCAGAGCAUCCGCUUCAGGCGCACCAGCUUUUGCAGCCCGCCCGGCGUGGUCCACGCCAACUUCUUGUACCAUCUGGCGGCCGCCGCCGCCUCCCGGCCCCCGGCCCCGACGGAGCCCGGCGGACUGCCCGCCCUCCGCGGCGCUCCCGGCGGAGUCAAGCCGGAGCUGCCGGAGGAGUGGGGCUGCCCCGGCUGGGCUCCCGCCGCCCCGGCGCUGCGCUGCUCCGGCGGCCUGGGGAGCUGCUUCGCGGAGAUAAGAGAUGAUAGGGUAUCCGAACUCACAUUCCCACACUCUGAAUUUUCCAAUAAUGCCAAGAGUACUGACCUAACAAUUAACUGUGUUGCAAAGGGGGCCUCUUCACCUAGCCCAAAGACAAACAAUGCAUUUCCACAACAAAGAAUACUCAGAGAGGCAAGGAAAUGCCUUCAAGCAACUACUACACACCGUGCAGAUAACAAUACAAUAGCUGCUAGGUUCUUAAAUAAUGAUUCUUCAUCAGCAGCAGCAAAUUCAGAGAAAGAUUCCAAAAUCCCUCAUUGUAUUGAAUUUGCCACGGAUUUGCCCUCUUUACAAACUGAUCCUGCGGAGGAUGCUGCUUCUCCAGGGGCAGCAGCAGCAGCUGAGCUCCAGUGCACUGAUACAGGCAAUAAGGCAUUGCCAUUCCUGCACAGCAUUAAAAUCAAAAUAGAGGACAGCAGUGCGAACGACGAGUAUGAGCCUGAUCUUACAACACAUAAGCUAAAGUGUGAGUGCAAUGAUACUAAGGAUGAGUUUUACGGUGUGACUGAGAGUAAUAACCAGGACGCUUUAUUAACAGCCAAGGAAGAUUCUGCAUGCACUGAGAAAGAAACCACUUCCUUAAACCCACUGACUCAGAGUCAGGUCCUCUCAUGCACUUUAGGUACUCCAAAACCUGAGGAUGGGGAGUAUAAAUUUGGAGCAAGGGUGAGAAAAAAUUACAGGACCCUGGUUUUGGGAAAGCGACCUGUACUGCAGACUCCUCCAGUCAAACCAAAUUUGAAAUCAGCUCGAAGCCCACGUCCUACAGGUAAAAUCGAGACACAUGAAGGAACACUGGAUGAUUUUACAGUUAACAAUAGACGCAAAAGGGUAGCCAGCAAUGUAGCAUCAGCAGUGAAAAGGCCAUUUAAUUUCAUGGCAAAUUUUCCCUGUCCACCAUCACUAAUUAUUGGCAAUGAUGGGGAUUUGUUGCCAGCUUAUUCCUUAAACACCACUAAGGAUUCCCAACCACCUCACAAGGCCCAUCCUGUAUGGAAAUGGCAGCUGGGCGGUUCUGCAAUACCUCUUCCACCUAGCCACAAAUUCAGGAAAUUUAAUUAAUAAAGUAGUUUGGAAAAUAUUUUCUUGAACCACCUUUAACUUUCUUACCUUUUUUUUUUUUUUUUUUAAACUCUGCAGCAUGGUUUGUACAAACCCAUUAAUGCUAUACACUUUUGGAAUCCUGUUUUAUCACAUCAUGAAGACAGAUACCGGAUUACUAUUUUAUUUACCGUUUCAACAGUGGGGGUUUUUUUCCUUAUUUUGGGGUCUUGGUGGGAAUUUUUUUUGGUUGUUGUUGGUUUGGGCUUUUUUAUUUGUUUGUUCUGUUGCAUUGUUCUUGUUUUUGUUUUUGUUUUUUUAUUGUGUUACAUUCCACAGAGUACUUCAGGCUAAAGACUCAAGUUAAACUCAGUUAUUAUGGUAGAGCUGGAACACUUUACUGUUUAAAUGCUAAUAAUGCACCAGUACCUCAAUUCAACUGCUGCAAAUAAAUGUCAAAAGGUUGAAUAAUAAAUAUUAGAAUGAGCCAUUAAAUUUAUGCACUAGAUUUUGAAAAUGGAAGUCUAACUGUUAAUUCAGUUAAACUUUGUUAAGUUACAUGGUUGCACAGUAAGGGUUCACUAUAAUUCAAUGUGGCAGCAGUCUACUUUUCGGGAGCUUUGUUUUCGGGUGCAGGGGUGUCCUUUUUGAAGAGCAGUUGCACUUACUCCUUUUUCUCCGGUUUGGAAAAGACUGGGGUCCGCCUGUGACCCCAGCGCUGGGAAAAGCUGCCUCAUUUGAAACCAGUAAAUAAAUGUGGAAUUCUAUUUUUGGUAAAAGGGUGUCUUCUUACUUGUACAGUCACUCUUUGCAAUUGGGAAGCCUUUUUGUUUCACCCAGAGGUCUUAAAUAAGGUUACUGUUAUCCACUAAUGUCAUACUUAAGUUGUGGUCUGAACAUGCCCCUUAGAAACUUGCAAAGCAACUAAAAUAUUUGCCCGGCCAGCAGUACAAUUUAUGGUCCAGCCCCUCAUGCUGGCUGGAGGAAAUAGCAAAGCAGUAAAUACAACACAGAAAGUGAAAUGAGAGGCCGUAAGUGGAAAGAUUACACAAAAUGAGAAGACCAUGUUAUUCAUAGCUUUUUGGCAACAAAACUCAGGCGAUUCAACCAUGUUACACUUCCCGGUUCUAUCCUCAUCUCUUGAAAUUUGCUGUCGUGGGUUUUUUUGCCAUGCCAUCCUCUCUAUGUAGCAGAAAUAUUUCUACUGCACGUGACAAUCAGAGGCAAUUAUCUAUAUUUGCACUUAAUAUCGAAAUAGUCAAACAGGCAGGCUUCUAGAGUCUAGCCCUCGGUAAGACAUGCUGGUAUAAUAUAUUGUGAUGAUGGAAGCAGUAAAUCAAAAUUAUGGAAAUUUGCACUGUUGAAAAGCAUGCUUUAGCUUUAUUUUCAAUUAAAAACACUGUUUAAAAAAAUUCCUGAUUCCUAAACACUUUGAAUUAUUGCAGAGUUAUCCGUGGUUUCCUCUCCGUUUGUAAGUUCACUGUUUUUAUUUGGAGGAAAUACGCUUCAAGAGGUUAACUGUUUCACUCCCUCCCUCCCCCUCAACCUCUGCAAAAGAAAGGGAAGGAGGAAAAAAAAAAAAAAAGAAAGGCUGGAGGCCGAGGUGAAGGCAGAACUGAGGACAAGGGAAGGUAUCUCUUGUGGGGGGAGGACAGAUACAGCAACUCUGAAAACAGCCUGAAAAGUUUGCAUCUUGAGAAAGGCAAUAAGAAUUGAGUUGCUGAAUCAGUAGAGUUUAGGAUGAAUAAUUGCUGGUUUCUUUCUUUGGAUUAGCAUUUUAUUUAUACUAGAUCAUUCACAAAUUAAAUUUUAAGGAUUCCACUCAUCGAUCAAUCCCGGGAGAAUAAUUUAUCGCGAAUCAAAAAAGGAAAACAAAGCAACAAUGUAAUGUUUACUGUGUGACUCAAAGUCAACAUUUCUGCUGGCAAUCCACUGCCAGGGUUUCAGUUUUUUAAUUCCUGCCUUUUGUGAUGCCCUGUCCCAACCCCUCGUGUCUCCAAAUAUUCCAAGCAGUCACUAACUGAUUUCAGCUCUGUUUACUAUAUCCACACCGGAGUUUUCCUCUCAUUGUAAAAGGCCCAGUCUAAGAAUACCUGCAGCCAAAUAUAUUUAGAAAGAGUAAACAAUUGCCUUUCAGUGUAGUUACCCUUCCCCCCUGCAUGCACAGGCACACACACAUGCACACACAUCACUUUAAGCUGCCAAUUGCAAAAGGUGCAUUGCAUACUUAACCGCUCUGCUGAAAUUACGAUGGUCAUGAAAAAUCUGCUUACUGAAGUUGUUCUGAGAUGAAUGUUUACAUUCGUGUGUUUAGAGCUGCACAGAUUACAGCCUUAUUUCCAGAGAACUGCAAGUACAUACAAAAUGUACUGCUCAGGAAAGCCCCCCACUCUGUCAGAAACCGUGUCUGCCUGACAAAGGUCUUCCCUUGACAAAAAAACAAAAAACCAACAAAAAAACCAAAACAAAACCAAAAAAAAAAAAAAAGAAAAAAGAAAAAAAGAAAAUAAAAAAGAGCCAAGAGCUGCAAAAGUGCAAUAUGCAAACUUGAAACCUAAAAUUUCGCCUUCUCAGUUAAACAACAUAUCACUUUCAAAGUAACUCUGUCCCCUGACCCUGUUUACUUCCAAUUAGAGAUAUGCUGAUUUGGCCAGGAAUUGUAAAUUACAGAGGUGCCUUUUCAGGUUCCGAAAUAAUCUGGGGUGGGGGGUUGGGGAUUGGAGGGGGAGGUAUAAGCAUAAAUUUAUACCAAAUAGGCUCUGCAGAGUUGAGGAUGUGAAAUAUGGCGUCCAGCCUUGCCAGCGGCCCAGGAGCUCCAGGCACCCCCGGGCAUCCCCAGCAGGCUGCUCCGCUGGGCUCCCCUCCAUCCAGGCAGCAGCAAACGGCAAGGAGUUAAACAGCCAAAUAAUUUUCACACGUGCACACCUCAGUUUAGUACAAGUCACUAGCAGGGACAUUCGUGGUUUUACUACCGUUGGAGAAAUUAGCCAGGUACAAUAACUCACCAGGGAAAAAAAAAAAAGGGGGGUGGGGGGUGGGGAUGGUAUUCUGUUCAAUUCUGGUAGUUUGGUAACUGUUUUUGAUGGCAUUGUAAUUAUUAUUGCGAUCAGAGUUCAUUAUCAUUUCAGCCUUAAACAUGUGAAGCCUUAGCAUUGAAUUACAUAAAAAUAACCAAAUUUCUCCCAUAAAGGUAAGUUCUAAUAAUGAGGAAAACCCAAGGUUUUCCAAGGGAGACAGGCUACCAUUUUGUUGUGAUGUUUACAUGAGAUAAAACUUACAAUGUGUUAGUAAUUGCCACCAUUUUCCAAUUCCUGGUGUACACAAAAAUCAACAGAAUUUUCUAGAGGAAAAAGCAAUUGAGGUAGUGCGUGUACUGUAAGGACUAUACUCUGUAGGUAUUUGUCACAAAUAGAGUUCACUGGUAAAUUUAUUGGGAAUAUUUCUGCUGCCAGAUGGAAGACAAAAGAAAGUUUUGGACUCUGCUUAAUUCUCUAAAACAUUAAAAAGGGAACACGUGUAAUGCCUUCAGCAAUGAGGUAUAUUGCCUUAAAAGAUGUAACUUGCCGUUUACAGCAAUUUACUUUAAGAAGUGAUUGUUCUAUAAGCUACACUUACUUGACUACAUUGAGAUAAUCUCUUUACUGGUUGUUUAUUUAAAAAGCCACUACCAGCAAUAAUGCAAAAUAGUGGUAGCUGUUGUAUGAAGUUUGCUGUUUAAUCAAUUCAUAUGGUGAUUUUUUACAUGGUCUCUGAUCCCUUUUAUUCUAACAGAUUUAGUUGCCAAUAAAUUAAAGUUUCUGCAGAAAUGA